UGUUUGACGGAAGUCUACGAUGUUUCCCGAGUCCGGAUGCUUUUCCCCGGAUCCUGUUCCGCUGCAGUUUUCCGCCCUCUUUCCCCGGAGAAACCGGCUGUAGUGCAGGCCGCCCCUUUAAGACGGCAGCGUGUCGCUUGUUUAGUGUCUGUGUGUUUUGUGUCGGCGGACUCUGUGGCCCGGAGUGUGGAGUCUCCGCUGGACCGCAGAUCAGACCCGCAGCCUUUUGUUCUGAUGGAGAUCAGCUCCUCUCCUCCUCCUGCCUCCUCUGCUCCUCCUCACUGAUACAGCGGAGAACAGCUCACCCGCCGGAUCUCCGCCGGACCCGCGGGCUGAUCUCAGGACUGCGGGGGGGGAGGUGUUGAUGAAGAGCGGGGACCCGGGAGAGGAGCGGGGUCAGACGCAGUUACUGCAGCUUUGCCUGAGAUGAGUGCCUACAGCAGGGAGUUGUUGGCUUUAGAAUAAACUGGGACUGUCUGACAGGAGCUGAGUAGAGGUGUACUGUUCCUAGAACUUGUUCCUAGAGCCAGAAGGCCUCUGCUGUGACCUUUCAUCCUUGAUCAUGACAUCACCCCCGUCACCUCUCUCAUCCCCUUGCCCCUGUCCUCCUCCCCCACCAUCCCUCCCCUCCUCUCCCACUCCGUCCUGUCCUGCCCCCUCUUCGCUCCCCCUGCCCCCCUCUCUUCCACCCACGGGUGAGGUAAUGGUGUUGGCUCUGGGACGAAAAAAGCAGAGGCUCCUCAUCGCACUCUCCAUCUUACCCAACCUCUUCCUGGCCUUUCUGCUCUCCUCCGACCCCCUGCUGACUCUGGCAUCCCCCCAUCACUGCCACCUGCCAGGGACCACCCCCACACCUGAGCUGCUUAAUGCCUCCUUGCCCUGGGAGAAGGGCGACAGGGAGGGUGAGAGUGGGCGACUCUCGCUGUGCAAGCAGUACCUGUUCAUCAACGGCACCCGCUCUGAUAUCGUGGACUGUCAAGCUGGGUGGGAUUACAACGUCACAGAAGGCCUAAAGAAUAAUAUCGUGACUGAGUGGGAUCUGGUGUGUGAUCAGUACUGGCUGGUCCCAGUGGAGGAAGUCUGCUUCAUACUGGGCAUCCUGACAGGCUGCCUGGGCCUUGGAUAUGCUGCUGACAGAUUGGGCAGGCUGAAGACUCUGCUCACCUCUCUUACUCUCUCUGUGAUUUUUGGCACACUGGUGUGUGUCUCUCCCUCACCACCAAUCUUCAUAGCCAUGCGCUUCUGUCUGGCUGCUGCCAGUGCUGGAGUCUACCUCAUCUUAUAUAUCACACGUUUGGAACUGUGUGAUCCUUCACUACGACUGCUGGUCACAAUGUUGGCGGGACUGACGACAGUUGCUGGAGAGCUGUUAUUGCUGGGUGUAGCUGUGGGAUGCCAGUCGUGGAGGGGUCUUUUAGGAACUGGAGCUGCUCCUCUGUCUCUCUUCCUCUGUUACGGUAUUCCAGGAGUGUUUCCAGAGUCUCCGCGCUGGCUCCUGCUCUCAGAGAGGACCGGUGACAUGAACUCCUUCAGCGAUCGCAGCGAACGACAAAGAGAAGACGACGGAUUCACAGAGCUGGAGUCAGAGCCUCCACCUUCUGGUCGCCCCCACCUGUCCUUCCCAGAGCUACUGCACAGCAGAAACAUCUGGAAAAAUAUGUGUGUUCUAGGCUUUACCUCGUUCAUCUCUCACGGCAUCAGUCACUGCUACAGCUCGUUCAGGGGCGAUGUCAGGGGCACGACUCCCAGUUUCUACUGGACGUACCUGCUGUCCGUCUGCGCGGGAGGAGGAGCCUGGUUGUUGCUCUGGGUGACGGUGGACAGGUGCGGCCGGCGGGGAAUCCUCCUGCUGGCCAUGACCAUGACUGGGCUGGCAUCCCUCAUCUUACUCGGGCUGAUGGAGUAUCUGAGCGAGUCAGCCAUUACGGUGUUCUCUGUGAUGGGCCUGUUCUCCUCUCAAGCUGCUGCCUCUCUCUGUAUCCUCUUCACUGCUGAAAUCAUGCCCACCAUCAUAAGGGGCAGUGGUGUAGGUGCUAUCCUAGCUCUGGGCUGCGUGGGUCGUCUCAGCUCUCCUCUGAUGGAUCUGCGCAACCAUUACGGCUACUUCCUGCACCACGUGGUCUACUCUUCCCUGGCCCUGCUGGCCGUCCUGUCCAUCCUGCUGCUUCCCGAGAGCAAACGAAAGCCCCUGCCACAAACACUGGCCGACGGCGAGCAGUACCGGCGCCCUCCGCUGGGCCGGAGGAGGAGGGACAAUGUUCCGUUGCUUGCCACACCCAAUCCAGAGACCUAGCUUACCCUGGGAAGCACAUGCACUUGUUCACCUCAGCCCAUUCCCUCCUGACUGUCACCAUGUCCAUGCGGGAGAGGAAGCCAGGGGGACUGUAGGACCGCACCGUCAAGCCCUCCUAACCUUCCAUCUCGUAAUCAUUCCUAACACGCAUAAAAGGAGCCACGGCACGCCGAGUCCACCCAGGCUCCUGUUGAAGUGUGAGGGGUGAGAGACUGAAUGGCGUAGAGAGCGACCCACGCUCAGUGACACGUAGUACGGCAGGGCUCACAGCUAAUCCAGUGCCAAUCCCAUAUACCAUGAAACGAGGAGUAAAACUCCACACAGCCACAGUCAGGGAGCACAUCCAAGUUCAUAUGACCCAUGCAGCAUUCAGCGACACACCCACUUAAAGCAUCCACCAGACCACACUUACACUUCACAGAGGCAAGGGCUCAAUACAUCACGGUCGUUUUGUAAAUAUCCUAACUGUACUCUCUCUCUCUCUCUAAGCUAAAGUAGGUUUAAGUUCUCUAAGGAAGAUUGGGAAGAUAGUCUUUGCCCACUUCAGUACUGUAUAACAUGUUGCUGCUGGCCCAGAGGCACUAUAGAGGAGGACACAGGUAACGAUUGUCCCUAAUUGCAAGUACUUCUGUUAUUUAUGAAUGGGUAAUUUAUAAGAGCAUAAUGGUUAUGAUUUAUUAAUGCUGGACUUUGGCAUGCCAGAUAUUUCUACAUACAGAUAUUUCUAGUCUGCUCCCUUAAAAUAUUAUUUUCUACUCAUUUCUAAAUUACAAGAUCCGGAAUUCAACUUCAAACAACCCUCACACUCACGAGAAGUCCAUCUCAUGAUGAGUAUCACUGAGUGUGCAGGGGAAGGAGUGUGAAGCAGUAGAGCAGCAGAAUGUUGGCUUUGUCAAGGCUUUUUUUUUAUGAUCAGGCUUUGUAUUUGGCCUUUUGGUGAGUUCUCUGGAGUCUUGUUUUAAUCACAAGAGAGGAAAAGUGCCAGGAAACUGAAGAAAUGGGAAAUGUAGCCUUCUGUUAUAACCAAUUAUCUGUCCAUUUGUCUUAGCUUAUUUUAAAAUUGCACUUAAUAUUUCUUUAUUUGUGGUAAUAACACUAUGGAUGAUUAUUAAUAAUUACAGGUGAUACAAACAUACUGGGCAAUAGUAAUGAGAUUUCAUCACUAAUUGCUUAAGAUUAUUUACCAAGUAAUGAAAGUGGUGUAAUUAUGUUAACUCUUUAACAAAACAUAAUUAAAAAUAAAAAUGUUAAAAAAUAAA